AUGAUCGAAGCGAAACGAAAGGCUCGUCUUCGGCAACGACAAGAAGAAACUUCAAUUCGAGACAACUAUUAUCAACAACAACUCUUUCUCUUACCGACAAUUACUCGGGAAGAAAUUACAAGUGAAAAUGGAUCAAAAAAGUUUGGACGAAUUGUUUCUUCUUCCUCUUCUCCGUCUGUGGUUCAAGAAUGGACAAGAUUAAAUUCAUCAACAUCAUCCUCAUCAUCCUCAUUGUUUAAUGAAAAUAAUCAUCAUGAUGAUCAAGUUGUUGAAAUGAAUCAUCGUUCAUCAUCAUUACAAAAUUUAAUGAUCACACCCCUGAAGAGGAUCACGAUUACAGAAAUGGAACAUUUAGAACCAUCGAGUGAUGACGACUCGAAUCAUUAUUAUAUUACAAACUCCAUCACAUCCAACUUUGUGAGACUGCAGUGUCGAGUGCACUCCAAUAGAGGAAGUGGUAAAUUACGAUUUUUGAUUCUUCGAGAAGGUAUUCAUUUUGUGUUGGCCACACUUUUUACAAUGGAGAAAGAAAUGAUUAAUUUUGUGAAAAAGAUCAAUCCAGAAUCGAUUGUUGAAGUUUUUGGAAUGGUAUGUCCAGCAGAAAAGGAAAUUGCUGAAAAAGUAAUUACAGGAAAAUUUAAAAAUAUCGAAAUCAAAAUUGAGAGAAUUUAUUUAUUGUCAUUGGCAAGGAGUUUACCUUUUCAUGUUCAUGAUUGUAUGAAGAUAUCCAAUACUAUUGAAAUGCCAUUUUCGAACAAUGACAAUUUUUUGAGGGAAACCAAAAUAUCAUUUUCACACCAGUUGGAUAAUCGGGUAAUUUCAAUGAGAGUACCUUCACAAUUGGCAAUCUUAAAAAUUCAAUCAAGUAUUACAAAAUACUUUCGUCAAUUUAUGGAACAAUUGGAAUUUGUUGAAGUUCAUACACCAAAAUUGAUCGAAUGUCAAAAAUCAAGCCAAGGAAAUAAUUUUCAAGUAGAAUAUUUUAAUUCCAAUGCUUUUUUGACAAGUUCUACACGACAUUAUUUACAAAUGGCCAUUCAGGGUGAUUUAAUGAAGGUCUAUGAAGUAGGACCAGUAUUUCGAGCAGACGCAGGAACAACAUGUCGACACUUGACACAAUUUACAAGUUUAGAUUUCGAAAUGGUCAUUCACUCACAUUAUUUCGAAGUCAUUCAAGUGGUCGACAAAUUAUUGAACUCAAUAUUGACCAGUCUUGAAAAUGAAAUGUCUCAAGAAUUGGCAUUGGUUCGACACGAGUAUUCACAUUCAAAUUCUUCCAGCAAUGAACAGAACACUCCAUUGGAACUUGACCAUAUGGAUGAAACCAUGUUUGCUCAUUCAUUCUCUUUCACUCCUUCAAUGGAUGUCAACAAUGAUCAUCAGGGACUUGUACCUUGUCUGCUCCUUUCUUACCGUGAAGCUCUUUCAUUACUGAACAAUCAUCUCCAAGAAUUACAUCAUGAUCAAAAUCAACCAAAUUGGUAUUGGAAACGAGAAAUUUUACCUGAAGAAGGUCUCUCUACACAUGACAUGCAAAUCCUAUCUCAAAUCAUUCGUGACACUUAUCAUAUAGAUUUAUUUAUUUUGAACGAAUUCCCUUUUUGCUUGAAAUCUUCUCAUGUCAUGAAUUCGAGCAAUGAAUCUGUGUCAAAUGACAGCAGUUGGUCUCAUUCAUUUGAAAUUUAUCUCAGAGGAGAAUGUAUUGGUAGGGGACAUCAAGGUGUUCAUGAUUUUGAAAUGUUGAAAGAAUAUGAAAAGAAUGGAAUGAAUUAUUUCAACUUUGAUUUUCUUAAAUAUGGAGCUUGGCCUCAUGCUGGAUGUAGUUUUGGAUUAGAGAGAUUGGCCAUGGCUUAUCUGGGAUUAGGGAAUAUUCGAAGGGCAAGCUUAUUUCCAAGAGAUUCACACAGACAAACUCCUUAG